CUGGUAACGCCCGCUGAAGGAGUCCCGGCGUCUGAAGGUCCCGGAGAAGUGUCACUGGCCCCGAGUGGGACCCCGUAGUCCGUUCUCUCCGCGCCAGCCUGUCCCCGCGGCUUGGCGGGCUAGGGCAGGGGAAAUGUUGCAGGAGGAGUCGGAUCUUUCUCUCGUUAUUGCCCAGAUAGUCCAAAAGCUCAAGGGCUCCAAUUUGUACGCUCAGUUGGAACGGCAGGCCUGGGCCAGUCUUCAGAGACCUGAGAUUAAACUUGAAUCACUAAAAGAAGAUAUUAAGGAAUUCUUUAAAAUAUCAGGUUGGGAGAAGAAACUUCAGAAUGCUGUUUAUAGUGAACUGAGUGUGUUUCCUUUACCUAGCCAUCCUGCUGCACCUCCUGAACAUCUCAAGGAACCUUUGGUAUACAUGAGGAAAGCACAGGGAAGUUGGGAAAAAAGAAUUUUGAAGAGUUUAAAUAGUAUGUGCACUGAACUGAGUAUCCCAUUGGCACGAAAGAGGCCAGUUGGAGAACAGAAAGAACUUCUCAAUAAAUGGAAUGAAAUGGGAACUGAUGAACCAGAUUUAAGCCUUUUCAGACCUGUUUAUGCACCCAAGGAUUUUCUGGAGGUGUUAAUUAAUCUUCGCAACCCAAAUUAUGAAAAUGGUGAUUCUCUUAGUUUCAGGACUCAUUUGGGUUUAAUCCAAGUUCCUCUGAAAGUAAAAGACAUCCCUGAAUUGAAAGAAUUCUUUGUAGAAUUGGGCUUAACUACAGGACAGCUGGGUAUAGAUGAUUCUACACAAGUGCCUCCUGAACUUUUUGAAAAUGAGCAUGUACGUAUUGGGCAAAAAGUUCUAGCAGAACAAGAUAGUGCCGCUGCUCAACAGUAUAUCAGACAAGGAAGCCCCACAGCACUGAGAGCGGAAUUAUGGGCUCUCAUUUUGAAUAUUUCCAGUCAACCUGAGGAUAUCUUAUAUUAUGAGCAGCUCAAGACCAAUGUGAUACAACAUGACCUUUUGGUGGAUAGUCUAAUCUAUAAAGAUGUGAAGUUGACAGCAAGCAAUGAUGAUUAUUAUUUUGUAUUUGAAGACUAUUUAUAUCAGGUAUUACUUUGUUUCUCCCGGGAUACAUCUGUGUUGGGUCAUUUUGCGUACAACAGCGCUUCACCACCGAAAUCAUACAUCAGAGGAAAACUAGGACUAGAAGAAUAUGCAGUAUUUUAUCCACCAAAUGGUGUAAUCCCUUUUCACGGAUUUUCAAUGUAUGUUGCACCGCUUUGUUUUCUGUACCAUGAACCUUCCAAACUGUAUCAGAUAUUCCGUGAGAUGUAUGUGCGUUUUUUCUUCAGACUACAUUCCAUCUCUUCUCACCCUUCUGGUAUUGUGUCCCUCUGUCUGCUGUUUGAAACUCUUCUUCAAACUUACCUCCCCCAGCUCUUUUAUCAUCUACGAGAAAUUGGGGCUCAACCGCUACGCAUAUCCUUUAAAUGGAUGGUUCGAGCUUUCUCUGGAUAUUUAGCUACAGAUCAACUCCUGCUUUUGUGGGAUAGAAUCCUAGGAUACAACUCUCUGGAAAUUCUUGCUGCCAGGGCUUACUGUCAGCUGCUGUGAAGUCAGCACAGUAGAGCGUAGGGAUACGUCAGUCCUACUCCUGGCUUCUCUACCUUCGCACGUGUUCCGAGCCCCUUCUCAACCACGGCCUAAAAUCUAAGCUGACACGGAGCCUCCCUGCGAAGUUGAAAUCUCAGCUCUUCUGGACUUGAGUUUGAGUUCUGGACUUGAAUGCAAAACCUUUUCCUUUUCGCUAACACCCUCUGACUCCUGGUGGUUGAGUUUCCCCUUUUAGGUAUUUUCUUCAGCCAAAAAAGAUUUCAUCUGUUUUUUUCAGGAAGCCACAGAUUGAUCUCUUAUUAUAAUUAAGCGGGUCUUAUAAUAGAGAUACAAGACAACUGUAUGAUAAUUCAUAGGGCACAGAUUUCUUGUUAAUUAUAUUAUUUUGCUUAUCUUAUACAAAAUAAUCUCAGUUAUUUUAAUCAUUGGGAUUAUUAGGAAAUUCAAAUAAAUAGCCCAAGGUUUUCACAACAAUGGAUGGAGAGCAGAAAAGCUGGCAGAGUGCUGGGUCCAAGCUUCUCCAGUUGUCUAUAUUGAAUAAAUUAUCUAACCUGUGUGAGUCUUCAUUUCCUUACCUUAUAUUGAUAGCAUUAUCAAGAUCCCACUCUGGGUAAUUGUGGAAACAAUGCUUCAUUGAAGAAGUCCCUUUUCUCAUAGAAGAUUCUUUAGGUACCAUAUUAACAUAUUCUUGAAUGCUGAGAGGUCAAGAAUAAUAGUAUGUUAAUUCAAAAAGCAAAAUUAGAGUAAUAAUAAAGUUUCUUGAAGAAAAACAUCACCCUUGGUGUAAUCAGAGACACCACUUAAUGGUGCUGCUAACAACUCCCAGUAUCCUUCUGUCUCAAUUGGAUUUUGAGCCCAUACAGAUAGGCGUGAGGAAAGAAGGGUCUGCCCUCAGCUGUCUUGGCUGAAUGGCAGUGAUGCAUAGAAUCUACAGGGAGAGGAAUCCUAGAGGGCAUCAGGUAUGAUUCUUUUAGACGUUUCUGACAGGCGGUCCUCACCCUCUGCUUAAACACUUCAGUGUUGGGUUGUCCUUGUCUGACGAGUUAGCCCAUCUCACUUCUGGAUGACAUGACUUGCUAAAAUGUACUCCUGUUAAGCCAGGGUUAUCAUCAUGUUUUUUCUACCCUUGCCUUUCCCCAGAGCCUUCUACUUUCCAGGCUAAGAAGCCUUGUUUUCUGCUACUGUUUCUCAGGCAACAGGAUUGUAGACUUUCCAGCAAAUAAAUCUCCUCUGGGUGUAUCAUAAA